AUGACAGCGUCUUCAGUCACCGGAGGCGACUCUGCAAAGAAGUUGAAUGACCUCGGUCGUGGGAGAGCCGGCGAUGACAGGCUACGCAAUCAUGGGCGGCCUGUAAAUGACGGCAUCUCUGUCGAGGAUGCCCACAGGAAACUCCUCAAUGCAUGGUUUAAUGACACCAAAUCCGGUGAAGAGUAUAGUCAAGUUUUCGAAAAGCGACUUAGGAAAAAUGACGAUCAGCAGAAUAUCAUCCACCGAGCCAUCAAAAGAUUCAGGAGGGAGCCAAAUGACAUCAAUCCUUUACCAGUGAUCAAGGAGAUUCAGUCCCUGGUCGUGGAACAUCCCGACUUUUUUGUUGAAGCGGAUGAGGACGAUAAGAUCCCCAUGAUUGAAGCCGCCAAACACCACAUAGCCACGCUGUUUCGGGUAAUCGACCUGCUCAUUCCAAGAGACAGUUUCAUCGAGAUCGAAAAGCCGUUCACUGGAGACUGCGUCAAAUGCCCACUCCUCAAGGCCUCCAUUCUUCGUCUGCGACAAUGCAGCCGAAGUGUUAGAUCAGACGCCGAUGUGAUCAGCACACUGGUGGAUGGUGAGCAGUGUCUCCACCACACGGUCGACGUACAAAGGCUGCUCGAAAAAGACAAACAGCUUCGUAAAAGGCUGGAGCUAGUUCUCAAGUCCGAGAAGAGAGCAGAAUCUUGUCUGGAGUCGCUGCUGAACCAGAACAACUUCGACUCGGGACGAAAGGCCGCUGGUCGGGUUUUACCUCUCCUGGGGUUUAAGGCUCUUCUUCAGCUUUGCCCUGAUGAGCUGUUCAACCGAAAGCCCAAAGACGCCACAGAACUCACCCCGUUGCAAAGGGCUGUCAAGCUAUACGAUGCUCAAAACAUCGAUUACGGCCUGCUACUCUCUGUAAUUCAGGCCCUAAUCGACAGGCACCCAGAUUCCAUUUUUGUCAAGGAUGCGAAAGGUCGAAAUGCAUACCGGUUACUGAAGGAACAGCAGAAGACAAGAAACAACUCUCGAGUUGAGGCCGAGGACUUGCUGAAGAGGAAAUGCAUCGGCUUUAAAGGAAGUAGCUCAACCGAUGAAGACGGCAUGUGGUCGAAGAAGUCAGAAUUCCUAUACUGGGACGCAGAAACAGCCUCCGUCACGCUGCCGUACUGGAAACCCUCAGAGGAUGCAGAGACAGCGGCCGAGCGAACAGCACCGGAGGUUGGUCAGAAAAGUUCUGACCAGUCACAUAAAGGCAGAUCUCAGAAGUCCCGAGAGCAAGAGGCCAACCCGUACCCAGGCAUCUUCGACUGGCUCUGGGACAAAGGAGUACGCAAAAUAUUCACCCUCGAUGUCGAUGACGACGGGCCGGAAUCUCAUACGAAUGCUUCCAUCCGCGAGGCAUUGACCGGCUUGGACUCGAAAGACAACGCUGUAUGUCCACGCGACUUCCGCGUUGAGGUGUGGAAGUGGAAGAAGUUCGACAUUUGCGCCGAGACAGUGGCAAUUGCUGCCCCAGAGGCCAGAAGGAUUCAUCUGUAUUCCCACGGGAAUACCGCGGUCUUGAGAGGUUGGGCAACAAGUAACGGGCUUGCUCGAUUAGAAAAGCUGGAACAGCUCUCGAUUGAGAUAUACCCGAGCGCACUCAAAUGGGCCAUAGAUAUGAAAGUCGACAUUAUUUCCAUAAGCUGGACAUUUGAAAGAAAAGGAAGUGCCAACGAUGCCUAUGAGAGGCAGUUUGAAGAUCUUUUGAAAACUGCGGUCGAGAACAAUAUCGUUAUCUUUGGGGCCCUACCGGACAAAACUGGCGCUAAAACCGAGGACUUCGCACCACUAGGGCUCAACAAAAAAGUCUUCAAAAUCGGAGCAGCCACGAUAUAUGGCGAGGCUGCCCGCGAAAAUCUUGACGCCCAGGUCGAUUUCCUUCUCCCAGGGGAAAACCUUCCGAGUUCCACCGGUAAACUGGUCAGCGGCAGCUCGUAUGCGACGGCAUACGCCUCAGGGCUGGCGGCCAUUGUCAUGUUCUGUUUGAAAGCCUUCGAAGCUCUCAGUGAUACUGAUGGAGACAAGUAUAUGUUAGAGGCUUGGACGAAAGCCACGGCGUAUGAUUGCAUGAAGGGCAUCUUCAAGACACUCAGCGGGAAAUCUUCCACGUACGAUUCGGAUGGCAGGCUCUUCGUUCGGCCGUACCAAACAUUCGGUCAAGACUUCGACAAGCCCGACGAACAUGACGUUUACUUCCUCAGAAAGAUUGUCAGGGAUAUGGUUCGCUGA